AUGUUCCUUCCGUGUUCUUCCACUCACCUCCUGUGGAUGUUCCGUGUGUUCUAUAUCCUCUUGUCAUCCUGUUUUCUGUUCUGUUCCACCAGGCUCAGCUGGCCCUGGCGUCUCCCUCUGGACCUGGGGUGUGUCGGGGGCUAUGGUGAGGACAUGCACCUCAGCAGGAGGACUGGAUGUCAUGGAGGAGAUGGAAUGGGGCUGGAGAGAGGAUUGGGGAAAGUGUUGGGGAGAGAGUUGGAGAGAGGAGGGCUUGGGAAAGAGAGAGGACUGGAGCGAGGGAUGGCGAGAGAGAGAGGGCAGGGAUUGGGGACAGGGCUGGGGCAGGAGACAAGGCUUGGGAGAGGCCUGGGAGGCUGGUCAUUCACCCUGCUGGUCCUGCUCCUCCUCCUCCCCCCGGUGUUCCCCCAGUGCCCUGACAGCUGCCACUGUGUGUGGGAGAGCAGCGUGGUGCUGUGUGCGGACGCUGGGCUCCGUGAGUUUCCCCAGGGCCUUCCUCCGGACACCGUCACCCUCCACCUGGAGAGAAACUACAUCCGCUCGCUUCCCGAGGGCGCCUUCAGGCAAGGAAGAUAA